UAUGUACAUAAAUAUUAUGACAGUUUCGUUUCAUCACCCUGAAGUGUGUUUGACAGAAACAAGCAUUUGCACAACUGAAAAGACUUACUUACUUUACGCAGUACGACUUGUCAUGACAAUGUUUGGAAUCUAUAAUUUUUAGACACCAUAAAAAAUGUAUAAGUACUAUGUAUAUGGGAAGAGGUUUAUACAUACAUAUUUCGGUAUAAAUGGGGUGUGUGCUGAUAGGGGGCGUCUGCAGAGGAGGAAUAUCAAAAGUCGCGCAGAAAAAAUGGCAAAAUUUCAGGAGUAUUUUAGUGAGAAAACUAAAGCAAAUGCAAAUGGGCGAAUUCGUACAACAGUAUUACUUAUACGAUCACAUGAAAUAUGUAAUACCAUAUUUGAAGAAAUCAUAUGAACCUGGAGCAUUAAAGAGAACAGUUAGACAAAUAGAUGUAGAGCCAGAUGCGGAAUAUGGGACUGGAUCGGAGCAUAGUACUGAAGAUAUUGAAAUCAUUGAAGACCAGAGAGUGGACAGUCAUGACCCAAUUUAUCUCGAAAAUAAUCAACCAAAUGAAAAAUAUGCUCGGAAAAAAAUUAAGGUAGCAGUGAGCUCAGAGGACGAAGGUGGACCAGAAUUCGAUAAUGAUGUCGUGUCUAAAUCUCGGCAAAGUGAACUCAGGGAGAAUAUUAUGGUUAACAAUAAAAUGACGAAUUCUACAUUAUUGCAUGCUGCUUCCACACCCGUGACAUAUAGUGAACAACGCGACCAAACCAUGUCUAGAGAAAGUCCGAAAAGACAAUUUGUAUUAAGCUUAUUGCCAGAUCUUAACGAAAUGACCAACUCACAAAUGCGCCAAUUUAAGUUCAGAGUUCUGCAAUUAAUUGAUGAAAUAUUAAAUGAAAACAAUACCUAAUUUAA